GUCCCGUCGAAAACACCCCCAAAGCCCGUCCGUCGUCACCCACGCAAUAUUUGCCAAAGCUUGCUUACUGCUCACUUGGUACUUUUAACUUGCCAUUUAAUAUUUAACAAACGUUGCUGCCGACACUUUUGAUUGGACCGUCACCGCGACCGUUUCUAAAUUACUUUUGGGACUCAAAGCGAGGGGCACUACGACAGAGACAUGGACAAUGUGCAAAUGAUCGGCACUAAAAUCACUGCCCUCAAGGAUUACUUAUAUAAUUUCGCCCGAACGCAUUCACCGACGAGACUAAUGGGUUCCGAAAACGCAUACGCCCUCAGUAAGGAGACUGCUAAUCUAAAGUACUCUGACAUAAUUCCUAUCAAUGCUGAAGGCUAUCCAGCAACGAAGGAAUUUUUGACAAAAGUGGUAGACAUUUUAUUGGACUACGUUAAAACGCAAAAUGACCGUAAUUCAAAAGUCCUGGAUUUCCAUCACCCAGCUGACCUGAUGCGGAUUUUAGACCUCGAGAUACCGGACAACGGGCUGACACUCCAGCAGCUUCUUAUCGAUUGCUCUACUACUCUCAAGUACCAGGUCAAAACUGGCCACCCGCAUUUUUUCAACCAAUUGUCAUGUGGCCUGGACGUGGUGUCGAUGGCGGGCGAGUGGCUAACGGCGACAGCAAAUACCAACAUGUUUACCUACGAGAUAGCCCCCGUGUUCAUUCUGAUGGAGCAUGUGGUGUUGAAAAAAAUGCGGGAACUCAUCGGAUGGAACACCGGGGAUUCUAUUUUAGCACCCGGUGGAUCAAUUAGUAAUUUAUACGCAUUUCUGGCAGCUCGACACAAAAUGUUUCCGCAGUACAAAGAACGCGGGUUGGCUGCCGUUGGUGGUCAGCUUGUCAUGUUUACUUCUGACCAGUGUCACUAUUCAGUCAAAUCGUGUGCAUCAGUCUGUGGUCUGGGCACUGACAACUGUGUUAUGGUACCAAGUGAUGAACGUGGACGCAUAAUACCAUCAAAGCUGGAAGAAUUGAUCCUGGAACGCAAAGCCCGAGGUCACAUUCCAUUCUUUGUCAACGCUACCGCCGGUACAACUGUAAUCGGGGCAUUUGAUCCCAUUUCACAAAUUGCUGAUAUUUGUGAGAAAUACAAACUCUGGCUUCAUGUUGACGCUGCCUGGGGAGGCGGACUGUUGCUGUCACGAAAAUACCGUCAUCCCCGACUGACUGGAAUCGAGCGGGCUGACUCUGUAACCUGGAAUCCUCACAAAUUGAUGGGUGCUCUACUACAAUGCUCAUCAAUCCACUUCAAAGAAGACGGUCUUUUGAUCAGCUGUAACCAAAUGUCUGCUGAAUAUUUAUUCAUGACAGACAAACUCUAUGAUGUUAGAUACGACACUGGUGACAAAGUAAUUCAAUGCGGUCGUCACAAUGACAUUUUUAAAUUGUGGUUGCAAUGGCGUGCCAAGGGUACCGAGGGCUUCGAAAAACUUAUCGACAGACUGAUGGAACUGAGUGAAUAUAUGGUCAAGCGCAUUAAACAAAUGUCUGAUAAAUUCUACCUAAUCCUAGAACCAGAACUGGUCAAUGUCUGUUUCUGGUACUUGCCAACACGGGUACGAAACAUGCCACACAGUCCCGAAAGGGAAAAAAUUCUCGGCGAGAUCUGUCCCAUUCUAAAGAACAGAAUGAUGGAAUCUGGUACAUUGAUGGUUGGCUACCAGCCAGACGACCGCAGACCAAAUUUCUUCCGUAACAUAAUUUCGAGUGCUGCAGUAACGGAAGCUGACAUCGAUUUCCUACUCGCCGAAAUGGAUCGACUUGGCCACGAUCUCUAAGCUGUCACCUCAGAACUUAUUAUUUUAUUAUUACUAUCAUUUAAAAUCACAUAUAAUUUUAAAUUACAAUCUGACUAUUGAUACCACGAGGCAACCAUGAAUAUUGAAUCAAGACAUAUGAAUCUCUCGUAAGGUGUCCAAGUGUACCGACGGUCUUAUAAACUUAAACUGCUUCGCCAAAGACUAUCAAUGCACUUGCCACUUUACCAAAUUUAGUAACUAUUUAAAAAAAAUUGUUAAAUUAUAACCAAAUCAUAUAAAAAAUAUUUAAUUUAUCGAUAAACGUUGGUCUUAAUUGAAAGUGGACAUGACUAGAUUUUUAAGCAACUCAGCAUAUCCAAAUAUAAGUAAAUAAAUAAAAUAUAUAUUAAAGAAUAUGGAGAUUAAUGCAAAGUAUUUAACUAUUUAAUUAUAAAUCACGACGGAAUUGUUUAUGAAUUGAAAUAAUGCAAGGAAUUGUACGCGAGCUGGCUCGGAAAAUAAAUAUUUUAUGUCAAAUAUCAAGAUAAAUAUUUUAAAGAUAAAGGGGAUGUGUAAAAAAUGUAUUAGAUGGGACUGUAAGAAUCGUGGCUUUUAUUACUCUUCGUUUAAUUUUUUUUUCUUUUCUUUUUUUAGAAAUAACGCAAAUAGCUUGAAGCCAUAUUUUAUUUUUGAAAUUAAUAUUAUUAAUUAAUUGCCCCAGCAGAUCCGAAUUACGGUAAAUUGCCGUAUUUUACCGCAAAAUUCCAUAAUUUAUUGCAAAUUUGCCCUAAAAUACCGUAUUUUGCGGUGAUUGUUCUACAUAUUGUGAAUUACGAGAUUUUACGUUAAUAUACUGCAGUAUUACCGCAAAUUUUACGUUGAGUUACCGAAGUUUUACGGGAAAUUUGCUGUGAAUGCGGUAAUUUAUGGUAAUUCUUGUAAAUGCGGUAAUUUACGGUUAAUUGCAGGAUUUUAUGGUAAGUUGCAGUAAUUUGUCGUAAUUCUGAUCUGCUAGGCUGAAAUAUUAAAAGAAAAAAAAAUUAAUUAACUAACGAAAAAUAUAUUUAGCAUGAAAAUUAUAAAAUUAAAAAAAAACAUAUA